UAUUAAUAAUAUAUAUAUUACUUAAUUUAAGGUGUUUGAUAUUCAACCUAACUACCUAGGUAAUUUAUAAUUUAUUGAAAUAAAAUUUUUAAAUAAAACGUUUAAAUACAAUUUCGUUUUUAGUAUAGGUAGGUACCUAUACCUAUACUAUUGUCGUGCAUUGUCAGUAUUCCUGGUUUGACGUGUCCCUUCUGUACUGUUCAAAGCUCUCAUUAACUGGACUAUGGCUACUUAUGCACCCUACAGACACAUUGAAUUGGACAAUAUAGGAUGUGGAAAAAAAAAAGUCUUGAAACCACCGGGUGGUGGAAGUAGUGACAUAUUUGGAAUGACAUCAUGUGAUGAAGUUAAUCCGCAUAAACGUGGUACAAAUCAGAAGAAUCUUCAAAGCUCUAUAAUUUUGGGUGGACAAACAUCAAAACAUAGUAAUGAUACAGUUGCAGCCAACGGAAACUCUGAAAAACCUGAUGGUAAUCCAGUGACUGGAGAAGGCUAUAAAGCUCCUAAGGUAAUAGCUACACCAGCUCAGCAUGUUUCUGAUCAAUCAGAACCAGCUCCAGAACAAAAGAAGGUAAGCCGUGUGCCACCAGGUGGAUACAGUUCCGGAUUAUGGUAAUUGCUGGACCAGGAAAACUAACAAAAUGUUGUCACAAUAUAUACAUCGCUUUGUAUUUCUAUGAUAUAUUGAUGACCUUUGAUCACAUUUCAUCAAUAAAAAACGUAUUUAUGGUAUA